UGCGCAUUGGCCCGCUGCGUGCUAUGGCGCAGUGGACCGGAAGAGCGGCGCGGCGCCUGUGCGCGAGCUUCCUGCAGGUCUGGGGUCUCCCUGGGUGCCCACCACGCCCGAAUAGCAGGACCAUGAGCACCAGCGAGAAGGACUUUGAGAACGCCCAGAGUCAGGUGAAACACUUGGAGGAUCCAGGCAAUGAAGUGAAGCUCAAACUCUACGCCCUGCACAAGCAGCCUACUGAAGGACCCUGUAAUGUGCCCAAACCAGGUGUGUUUGACGUCAUCCACAGAGCCAAGUGGGAUGCGAGGGAUGCCCUGGGCAGCCUACCCAAGGAAACUGCCAGGCGGAGCUAUGUGCACUUGGCGUCCAGUCUGAGCGCCUCGUCAGACCCCUCACGUCUAGCGGGGCCGGGAGCCGCUAACAGAGCCGGAUAUGAGACCCUCGUGGUGACCUCCGAGGGCGGCAUCUCGCAGAUCAUGUUUAACCGGCCGGCUAAAAAAAAUGCUAUGAACCUACAGAUGUAUAAUGAAAUUAUGCUGGCACUUGACGCUGCGAGCAAGGAUGACACAGUUAUAACUGUUUUAACAGGUAAUGGUGACUACUUCAGCAGCGGCAACGACCUGACUAACGCCACCGAAAUGCCCCCUGGUGGCCUUGAGGAGAAAGCCAACAACAACAGCAACUUGCUGAGGAAGUUUGUGAGCUGCUUUAUAGACUUCCCUAAGCCUCUGGUUGCGCUGGUCAACGGCCCCGCCCUGGGAAUCGCCGUCACCAUCCUGGGACUCUGCGAUGUCGCGUAUGCGUCCGACAAGGCCACGUUUCAUACCCCGUUUACCAGCCUCGGCCUGAGCCCGGAAGGCUGCUCCUCGUACACAUUCCCCAAGAUCAUGGGCCUGGCCAAGGCUGCCGAGGUGCUGGUCUUCGGGAAGACGCUGACGGCCGGGGAGGCCUAUGCUGCUGGACUGGUCGCUGAGGUUUUCCCCGACAGCACUUUCCAGAAGGAAGUGUGGACCAGGCUACAAGCGUACGCAAAGCUCCCCAAAAAUGCCAUGAGAACAUCAAAGCAGCUGCUCAGAAGCCUGGAGAAGGAGAGGCUGCACGCUGUAAAUGCCGAGGAAUGCGAGCUCAUGAUCAGCAGGGUGCAGUCGGAUGAGUGCAAGAACGCGUUUGCCAACUUUCUAUCCAGAAAAGCAAAACUGUGACGGCCGCUCUGCGAAGGGAGGAGACUCAAAACGGGGCGGGGGGGGGGGAGGUGCUGCUCAUGUCCAAGACUGGAACUCGACUCCCAGUGCCUUCAUUCCUUUCACUGCUGAAAAUAUCCUUUGGAGUGAUUCCAUACUUCAUUGAAGCCCUGAUGAAUUAAAGAUUUUACAAAACAGGCUUCAAAAACAAAACAAACAAAAAUGUGCCUAGGGGAACAGGUGUUAGGAAUAGCAGUUAGAAAGCCUAAAGCCUUCCCUCUCCCGUGUCAGAGUCCCUAGGUUCGAUUCCUGCCUCUUGCCUUCUGUCUCCAGCAUCCAGCCGAAUGUAGAGGCUGUGUGGCAACAGGAAGGACUGGUCGCUGGGUUUCUGCCUGCCCUGCGGGACGUUUCCGACCAUGAUCUCCAGCCAGCCGAGCCUCAGCCAUUGCAAAGUGUCUGGGAAGUAAACCAGUCGGGGUGCGUGUGUCUCAAAGAAAAAUGU